UCCUUCCACUCAUUCCCUCCCGCUCCUAUAAACAUUUCUAUCUCUCCACGACUUCCCCAACCCAUAAUCACCAUGGCCUAGGAAGUCCCCCACAAACUACCCUCUAAUACCAGUCCCAAAGCCUCCAUUGGCAAAAUGGACACUACCAAGAUCGAGAAGCUCCAAGCCAUGAAGAGGUAUAGGAGUAGGAGACAAUUCCUACCAAGCCUCAUCCAAUACUUGGUAGCAAUUAUGCUUCUUGGUUUAUUCCUCUCCAGCCCUCUAUGGCUCCCCACCAUCUUCUCCUCUCUUAAGCUCUUCUUCUUUGUUUUCCUUCCCAACUUGCACGCCGUCGUGUUUGGACCCAAGUGCCUCUUCAUUGUGUGCAAUCUCAUUGUCAUCUUCCUCAUCAGCGAGUCGAAGUUCUCAAAAUCUUCCUUGACUCCUCCUGAUAUCUAUGAAGAAUACAUGAACAGAAACACAAACGUUCGAAGACUAUCUACGGGGAAAAGCAAGAAAGGAAGUGCAUGCAAGAAGGCUUUUAUUGAAGAAGGAGAAGAGGGAGAAGAGGAAAAAGGUGGUGGUGGAUGGGAGGAGGUGGAGGGAGGGUAUGAGGAGCUGGAUGGGGAGGGGGAGAAGGGCUUGGAUGAAUUGAACAGGAGAGUUGAGGACUUUAUUGCGAAGGUCAACAAGCAGAGGAGGCUUGAAGCAAGAAUGCUACUAUGCUACGAGUGAAGAAAGAACAGCUUUAGGCGAUAGAACAUAGACGACUACUUCAGGGAUGGACAGAUUUCAUCCAAAAAGUAUCCGUCAAAAGCGUCCGAAAUCUUUGUAAAAAUUUAGUUCUAUCUACUUCCACAGCCAAUGGGGACAUAUGCAGAGGGCUAAUUUGUUCUGUUUUCACUCAUAGUGAUCUCAUAAAGCCAUAGAUCUUUAUACAUAAGGUCCUAGUGGAUUGGGUAGGAGGCCUAAGAUGGUGUCUAUUAAUUGUAAGGGAUUGGCUAGGAGUUCUAAAGAUGUAUGGCUGUCAUCUGUUGUAACCAAAGUUGGCAGGAGCUGCAUAAAGAGUGAGUGAGAGAGAGACAGAGAGAGAGAUUUAAGUGCGUGCUUCGUGGAAAGUAUGUUCACUAAGGAAAUUAAGGUCUAUUAAUAAAAUAUUUUGUGGUUUGGAAA